AUGACCCAAAUAAAGGCCCCCUCUACCUCUACCUCUAUCUCUACCUCUACCCUCAAACGUUUCCCAUACAUCAACAAUGACCCUUCAACCCUGCCUCGGUCAUUGGACCCCUUCACCAUUACCACCUCGACGGGGUUCAUGCCCUUCAUCAUGUCCCCCACACAGCUGCCCGAACCCUUCCAGCCGGUGGUGGACCUGCUUGAACGCAUGCCAGUGACAAAGCUCGACGGCACUCCGGGUCUCCUGGCGACAUAUUCACUAGGCCCUGAGGUGGCCAAGCUGCCUGAUCUCACGGCCGAAGUUGACAAGCUGGUCACGGCCGAUGGCUCCAUGGACCUCUAUGCGGUCACCGCCGUGUUCAGGGACUACUCCUUCCUUGCUUCAGCUUACAUCCUCGAGCCAUGCUGGGAGAACUGGAGCAAGAACCCCGAAAAUGGAUAUGGUUUGGGUAGAGACGUAUUGCCCCGCGCUGUGGCGUGCCCUAUGUACCGAUGUGCUCAGCUCCUGGACAUCCCUCCAUUUAUGUCUUAUGCUGCUGCUUACUCCCUCUUCAACUACACCGUUGAAGAGCCAUCCAAGGGUUUGACCUAUGAUAACCUCCGUUUGGUCCGUGCCUUUGAACAUGGUCUAGAUCCUAAGAGCUCAGAGGCCGGGUUCAUCUUGACCCAUGUGGACAUGGUCAAGUGGUCCCAGGGAUUGAUCAGUGGGGCGCUCAAAGUCGUCGACACUCUCGAGGAAGGAGGUUCUCGAAAUGUGGUUAACGAUGGAUUCAGAGAGAUCCUGACCUCCAUGGAGAAAAUUGAAGCCAGUAUGGAAGAUAUGUGGGCCAACUCUAAACCCGGAGAUUAUCUGUCCUUCCGCGUCUUCAUCUUCGGAGUCACCUCGCAAUCCAUGUUCCCCAAUGGUGUGGUCUACGAAGGAGUCCUUGAUGACAAGCCCCUCUAUUUCCGGGGAGAGAGCGGUGCCAACGACAGCAUGAUCCCCCUACUCGACCACCUGCUUCAGAUCCCCAUGCCUUCCACUCCGCUCACGAAAAUCCUCCACAAAUUCCGGGCCUACCGACCUCUUCCCCAUCGAGAGUUCUUGGCCUACAUGAACGCCAAAGCGGCCGAAGUCGACGUCCGGAGCUUCGCGUCCCAGGAUACCGAGACAACUAUCCUGUUCCUCAAGACCUUGAAUCAUGUGCGUAGCUUCCGCUGGCGUCACUGGCUGUUUGCCCGUGAGUAUAUCAUUCGUCGGACGCCGCACCCGACUGCCACGGGUGGAAGCCCAAUCGUUACGUGGCUACCCAAUCAAUUGUCUGCGGUGAUGGAUAUGAUGAUCUCCAUGUAUGAUACAUAUCUGGCUCCUCAGAAGAACUCAGAAGCUGGUGCCCACGGUUUGACUGGGUAUGAUGCCACGUACCAGAAGCAAGUGGAGCCGAUGAUGGAGAUGGUUCGGGAUCAAAGGGACAAGUUGGCAAAGGAGGUUGAGAAAUGGUGCAAGGAGAGAGGUGUUUGA